CUGAGAGUUUAUGGAGGUUGCAGUUGUGGAAAAUGAAGAUCUCCUCUGUGGUCUUGGCUUUCCUGACCCGAGUUCUGUUUGCAGAUCUGUGUUUGGCCAUCAACGCCACCAUCACCCCUUCUCCCUUCACGGUGGCCCAGGAGGGAGAAAAUAUCACACUUACUUGUGUUGUUUCCCAGCGACGUCGCAACACAGCGUUGCCUGUGGUUAAAUGGACGUUUCUACCAGCGGGCACAGAUCAACCAGAAGACGAACUCCUCAUCGCCCGUGUCAAUAUGAGGAAGGAGCGUUUCUAUGGCAACUACACAAAAAGUUUCCCAUGGCCAAAGAUGAAGCUGAAAGUGGUGAAACAGGGGAAGAUCUUUGAGCUGGUUAUCUUGAACGUGUCCGAGGGGGACCGGGGGCUCUACAUGUGCCGGGUGCAGGAGUUUAAAAAGCAUCAGGCUCGCUGGAAAGCUUCGUCCAACUACACUGCUGCUACUGAGCUCAGAG